UACACUCUUUCUCAAAACAUUCCAGCAAAGUCAGUGCCUCUGCAUGAGGGCACACAUACUAACACACUUACUGUUUCGAGGCAAUCACCUCCGCUCUUCAAGAUGAGAGCCUUACAGCUCCUCGUCCUUCUUCUCUUUGGCCUGGUUGGGGCACAGCAGCAGGCACUUAUGGACUACUUGGAAAGAAGACUCCUUGCCAUUGAGGACCGCAUCUCCUUGUGGCACGAGCAGACCAGCCGCUAUGCCUCUGAGAUGCGCGAGUUCAAGCAGCAGAUGGUGGCACAGUUAGAGGGCCUGGACAAGACCAAGGAGGCGCUGAGGACCGAGCUGGACACGGUGGGGACGCGUGUGGAUCGCGUGGAGAGAGAGAUGGACUACCUUGAAACCCAGAACGGUGCGCAGCCUUGUGUGGACGUUGAUGACAAGCUGGUGGAACAGCAGGUGACGGUUGUCAAGGAGAGGAACAAAGCCAAGUACUCCAAGCUCACAGAUUGUAGUGACAUGAUCUCCAGCAUCAAAGCCAUGAAAAUCCUCAAACGAGUGGGUGGCACCAAAGGAAUGUGGACGAAAGACAUGGGAGCCUCCACCGGCAAGGUGUACAUCUUAAACGGGACAGAUGAUAACACCCUGUAUGAAUUCGGUUCAGUCCGUGACCUCACGUCCUCCCAGGGACUAUCAUCCGCCACAAGCAUCCAGCUCUCCUCCUCCUGGCGAGGUAUGGGCCAUGCGGUCUACAAACACCACCUGUACUAUAUGAAGGAGGGCGAGGAAACGAGAUUAAUAAAGUUCGAUCUACAGAAGAGCACUGUCGUGGACAGUGCCGUCUUCCCGGCCAAAAAUCAGCUCCCAGUUUACAGCCUGAAUCCCGAAACCUACAUUGAUCUAGCGGUAGAUGAAGAAGGUCUGUGGGCCAUCUUCGCCACACAGGAGAACGAGAGGCACAUCUCUCUUGCCAAGGUAGACCCCAAAACGCUAGACAUUGAGCAGACGUGGGACACUCCUUGCGUAAGGGAGAACGCUGAGGUGGCGUUUGUGAUCUGUGGUACUGUCUACGUGGUGUAUAACUCCAAACUGCCCAGCCGUUCCCGAAUCCAGUGCGUCUUUGACGUCAGCGAUAUGGUCACUAAUGACGAUGCUCCACAUGUGUACUUUCCAAAGCGAUAUGGCACUCAUUCCAGUCUUAAAUACAGUCCUGUGGAGCAGUUGCUGUAUGCAUGGGAUGAUGGAUAUCAGAUCCUUUACAAACUGCAAAUGAAAAAGAAACUGGAGGUGUAGAAUGGAUCCAGAA